AUGGUUAACUACUACAACAUUGCAGGCCGCAAGAUCGGCUCCCACCACCUUGCCAUGACCAUUCUCGGUGGUCUCUUUGGCGGUAUCUACCUUGCUUCCAGCGGUGGCAGCAAGAAGCAGGUGCAAACACCUCCCAUCAACGCCGGAUCUAAGGACGAGGAAAAAUUCAUCCAAUUCCGCUUGCAUGAAAACGACCCUUUCCACCAAGAAGCCAGUACCAGCUUGAGAGAGAUCACACCUGACAUGGCACGCUGGCUAGCUGGACGUUUCGCGGCGAAAGAAGCAGCACGCAAAGCGGCGCCAGGGGGCGCAACUUCUAUCAGCUGGAAAGAUGUGCUUAUCAGAGCCGCUCCGGCGUCUUCUGCCGGAAGUAGUAGACCAGAAAUUGUCUAUCUGAAUGGAGCUCAGAACCGGCUUGGGAAGUUGUCUAUUUCGCAUGAUGGUGACUACGUGAUUGCUACGAAAGUAGAUGGGUUGACAACAGAGGAUUGGCUCAUUGAAAAUGAAGCAGCUUUCUUCGCCGAAGCAUCAAGGUUACGAGAGAAAUAUGCAUCUCAAAUUAAAGUCCUGAUUGGCUUCGAGAUCGACUGGAUUCGGCCCGAGUCUUUGAGGUUGAUUGAGACAUCAUUGUCCCGCCUACCUUUCGAGCUCUUUGUUGGCUCUGUGCAUCACGUACACACCAUCCCAAUCGACUAUGAUGCUGCCACGUACCAACAAGCACGAGAAAUAGCAGGUGGCACUGAUGAGCGACUAUUCGAGGAUUACUAUGAUAGUCAACUAGACAUGUUGCAAAAGCUGAAACCCCCGGUUGUUGGUCAUUUUGAUUUGAUUCGAUUGAAAAGUAACGAGCCGAAUGCAAGUUUCGCCAAGUACCCAAAAGUUUGGGAGAAGAUUCAGCGGAAUCUUCGUUUUGUGGCUGAGUAUGGAGGUCUGUUGGAGCUGAAUUCGGCGGCGUUGAGGAAGGGUAUGACGGAGCCGUAUCCCAAGGCAGAAAUAUGCAGGGAGUUCCUAUCAAUGGGUGGCCGUUUCUGUAUGUCCGAUGACAGCCAUGGCAUUGAUCAAGUCGGCUUCGGCUAUCGACAAGUACUCGACUUUGUGACUCAGACCGGCAUAACAGUCUUGCAUUACCUUAAUAGUUCUGACGAAGGCGCAACAUUUGAUGCUCGUUUCCCGUCGACGAGGAUCCGCUCUGUCCGCGUGGGCGAACUCAAGCAAAAAGCCUUCUACCAAGAAUCAUAG